AUGCACGAAGCUGCCACCAGCAAUUCCUCCUCGUCCAAGCUCCCGCCGCCGAAACGUGCCAGCAUUGGAAAGCCAGCGGCGGCCCUGCUAGCGGGAGGCGGUCUCUUCUCCUUCCUCUACGCCAUUUCCAACCCCGACUCAGAAGACGACCACCACAAAGCCCAGGCUGAAGACAAGGCGGCAUCUCCACCAGCAGCAGCUGACGAGCGCGAUCCCUCCCUGCCACGGUUCCGUCUCACCGACGUCCGCAAGCACAAUGCCUCUUCCGGCUCGCCCUGGGUCACCCACGACGACAAGGUCUACGACAUCACAGACUGGGUGGCCGCCCACCCCGGCGGCGACGUCAUCCUGCGCGCGGCAGGUGGCUCGAUCGACCCCUACUGGAACAUCUUCACCAUCCACAAGGCCGCCCACGUGUACGAGAUCCUGGCCCAGUACCUGAUCGGGUACAUCGACGCCGCCGACCUGGUCGACGGCCGGCCGCCCCGCGACGCCGUCGAGGACCCCUUCGAGAGCGACCCCGUCCGCGACGCCCGCAUGACGGUGCACACCGCCAAGCCGUGCAACGCCGAGCCGCCCAACGACCAGCUCGAGGCCGAGUUCCUGACCCCCAACGAGCUGUUCUACGUCCGCAACCACAUGUGGGUGCCCGUCGUGGACGACCAGAGCGUGGACAAGCACACCCUGACCGUGGAGCUGCCCGACGGCGAGGAGCGCACGUACACGAUGGGCGAGCUGCGGAGGAAGUUCCAGACGCACCGGAUCACGGCCGCGCUGCAGUGUUCGGGGAACCGACGCAACGACAUGACCCGCCACGCCCACAAGACGAACGGCCUCCAGUGGGGCGUGGGCGCCAUCAGCAACGCGGAGUGGGAGGGCGUCCGGCUGAUGGACGUGCUCAAGGACGCCGGGCUGAAAGUGGCAGACUUGCACGACCUCACGGCGGUCCGGCCUCAGAGCGAUGACGAGGGUGCCUCAUUGCCAGACCCGAACACGCACCACGUGCAAUUCUCGGGGCUCGAGGCCUACGGCGCUUCCAUACCUCUAGCCACGGCCCUCGAUCCUCGGAACGACGUCCUGCUCGCCUUCAGCAUGAAUGGCAAGCCCCUCCCGCGUGAUCACGGCUUCCCUCUGCGCGCCGUCGUGCCCGGCCACGUUGCCGCCAGAUCAGUCAAGUGGCUCAGCAAGAUCGUCGUCUCGGACGAGGAGAGCUCGACGCAGUGGCAGAGGCGCGACUACAAGGGCUUUGGUCCAAACGAGGGGCCCAAGCCCGACUGGGACCGGGCCGCGGCUAUUCAGGAGUUGCCCGUCACCAGCGCUGUCACGGGCGUGUGGGUCGGGGAGUCUGUCAGAGACGGAGGCAUCCCGUGCUCGCAAUCGUCGCAAAACGACAUCUCAGAAGAGAGCCCGCCGAUCGCCCUGCAAGGCUACGCCAUGUCCGGUGGCGGGCGUGAGAUCCGGCGAGUAGAUGUAAGUCUGGACGGCGGCAAGACGUGGGACCAGGCCGAGCUGCUGGACGACUGCCCGCCGUCCGCACCUUGCAAAGGGAACAAGGCCUGGGCGUGGAAACGCUGGCGAUACACCAGCAGCCUCCCACAGAUCACGGCCCCGACCGACAGCCAGAAACGGCAGUGUACGACGAUAGUCGUCAAGGCCACCGACGACUCGUACAAUACGCAGCCAGACACCCACGCUGGGGUGUACAAUGUGCGCGGCAAUCUUGCCAACGCCUGGCAUCGAGUCCGCGUUUGUCCCAGCUGUACCGUGACCGAGGCCGGCGACAAGAAAGUCAUCUGGCGAACCGGCAAGACAUUUGGUUGCGGCUUCCAGCAGGAAAAGGAAGACGAGAAGUUGGAAGAAGGGCCCUCACCAUGA